CUGCUGCCUCUGCUACCGUCGCCGCUGCCGCCACCGCCGGUGGUCGGUGGUCCAGCCCAGCUGGCCAGAGCCCGGGGACCGGCGGGGAGGGGGGUGCGGCGCUGCCUUCACUGUGUCUGUGUGCGUCCUGGGCUGCAACGUCUCCACCGCAUCCGCUGCCGUUACUGCUCCUGCCGAUGCUGCCGCCUCUGCUUCUGGACAGCCAGCUUCCUCAGGGCUCCCCUGGCUAGCCCGGCCGCCUGCAGGCCAUCCCUGCAAUCCCCAAGCUGGCUGAGGGAAGCCGCCCGGCAGGAGCCGGCUUCCUGGGGGAGAACGGGAAUCCAGACUCUCCUGCUCCUUUGUGCUUAGCUGCGGCGUGGGCCCCUCCAGCCCCAGGAGCUUAAGCGGCCAGCCGGGCUUCCCGCCUCCACUGCCGCCACCGCCCCCUUCUCCGAGCUGGCACGAGCCGGCGGCCGAGCUGGGAGCGGGCUGACCCUGAAAACGUGUCGCUAGCGUCCAUGCUGGAGAGUUGGGGGUGACUCCAGCCUGGGGGACUGCAGAGAGCGAUAUGUGUCACGAAGAUGUCCGGCCGGAGCUGCCAGGGCGGGGAUGUAGCGGGAAAGCCCCUGGACACGAUCCCCGAGGACAAGAAAGUGCGGGCGCAGCGGGCACAGCGGGCACAGAGCACAUUCGAUCCCUUUGAGAAGCCACCAAGCCAGGUGAAGAGAGUCCACUCAGAGAACAACGCCUGUAUCGGCACCAAGGCUGCGGCACAGGCACCUGACUCUCCCAGGGGGAGGCGCCACUCCAGCCCCAGCUCGCCCACAAGCCCCAAGUUUGGGAAAGCGGAUUCCUACGAGAAACUGGAAAAGCUGGGGGAAGGAUCCUACGCCACUGUGUACAAGGGGAAAAGCCGAGUGAAUGGGAAAUUGGUGGCACUGAAGGUGAUCCGGCUCCAGGAGGAGGAGGGAACACCAUUUACUGCAAUCCGGGAAGCCUCGCUCCUGAAAGGCCUAAAGCACGCCAACAUUGUGCUUCUGCAUGACAUUAUCCACACCAAGGAGACCUUGACCCUGGUGUUCGAAUACGUGCACACAGACCUAUGCCAAUAUAUGGACAAGCACCCUGGAGGUCUCCACCCGCACAACGUGAAGUUGUUCUUGUUCCAGUUGCUCCGCGGGCUCUCCUACAUCCACCAGCGGUAUAUCCUGCACAGAGACCUCAAGCCCCAGAACCUGCUCAUCAGCCACCUGGGAGAGCUCAAGCUGGCUGACUUUGGUCUGGCUCGAGCCAAGUCCGUCCCCAGCCACACGUACUCCAAUGAAGUAGUUACCCUGUGGUACCGGCCCCCCGACGUCCUUCUGGGCUCCACCGAGUACUCCACUUGUUUGGACAUGUGGGGCGUGGGCUGUAUCUUCGUGGAGAUGAUCCAGGGAGUGGCUGCCUUUCCCGGGAUGAAGGAUGUCCAGGACCAGCUGGAGCGGAUAUUUCUGGUGCUCGGCACGCCCAAUGAAGACACAUGGCCUGGAGUGCACUCACUGCCACAUUUCAAGCCAGAACGCUUCACCUUGUAUAGCUCCAAAGCCCUCCGCCUGGCCUGGGACAAGCUGAGCCGUGUGGCCUGCGCGGAGGACCUGGCAUCCAAGCUGCUGCAGUGCUCCCCGAAGACCCGGCUGUCAGCGCCCGCGGCCCUGAGCCACCAGUACUUCAGUGACCUGCCCCCCCGGCUAUGGGACCUGGCCAACAUGUCUUCGAUCUUCAGCAUUCCGAGUAUCCGGCUGCAUGCGGAGGCGGGAGAGAGCAUGCGCGCCUUGGGGAAGAACAGUGGCUACGGCAGGAGCCUGGCAAACAGCAAGCACUGAGGCAGGGGGUCCUCGAGGAGACUCUGGGAGCUGCUGUGGCGUGGGCGACUACCGGAGCCGGAGCCUGGCCAAGGAGCAGGCUGGUGCUGUUUCUCGUCCCUGCACGGCG